AUGGUGCUUGGUCUUAGCCUUGGCAGUGCUGCAGCCGGUGCCAUCUUCAAAGCCAGCGCUGGCUCAAAGGCUGCUGUCACAGCCGGCGCUGCUGCUGUCGGCGCAUCCAAAUUGGGUUUGGCCAUUGCGGGCGCCAUCAAGUUAGCCACCACCGUUAUUGGUGUUGGUAAAUUAGCUAUCCUGCCUUUUCUUAUAGCCGCCAUUGCCUAUUACAAUUAUGAUCUCUUCGAUCCGGAGAAUCGACCAUUCAAUGUACCAGAGGUUUCGUUGGCUUAUGAUUUUAUUAUUAUUGGUGGCGGCUCGGCGGGUUGUGUUUUAGCGUCACGUCUAUCGGAGGUACCGCAUUGGCGCAUUUUACUCUUGGAAGCAGGCGGGCACGAGACGGAGAUUUCGGAUGUGCCGUUAUUGUCAUUGUAUUUGCAUAAAAGCAAAUUGGAUUGGAAGUACCGAACUCAACCUCAGGAUACAGCAUGUCAGGCGAUGAAGGAUCGUCGCUGUUGUUGGACGCGUGGCAAAGUCAUCGGCGGCAGUUCUGUGCUCAAUACGAUGCUUUAUAUACGUGGAAAUCGAAGGGACUUCGACCAGUGGGCGUCGUUUGGCAAUGCAGGUUGGGGUUAUGAGGAUAUACUCCCCUACUUCCGCAAAUCUGAGGAUCAACGUAAUCCUUACUUGGCGCGCAAUAAACGUUACCAUGGCACAGGCGGCUUAUGGACAGUGCAAGAUUCACCGUACAACACGCCACUCGGUCCGGCUUUUCUACAAGCUGGCGAAGAGAUGGGCUACGACAUAGUCGACGUGAAUGGCGCCCAACAGACCGGCUUUGCCUUCUAUCAGUUCAACAUGCGACGCGGUUCACGUGCUUCCACCGCUAAGAGUUUUCUGCGGCCCGCACGCUUGCGCAAAAAUUUGGAUGUGGCGCUCUUUGCCCACGUCACCAAGGUGUUGACACAUCCGGAAACUAAACGAGCAAUUGGCGUACAGUUCAUACGCGACGGACGCUUACAAACUGUUUAUGCUACACGCGAGGUGAUACUUUCGGCUGGCGCCAUCGCAACGCCACAUUUGAUGAUGCUCUCUGGCCUGGGACCAGCCGACGAGUUACAGCGAGUAGGCAUUCCGCUGGUGCAGCACUUACCUGGCGUAGGACAGAAUCUGCAGGACCAUAUUGCCGUGGGUGGCAUAGCUUUCCUCAUCGAUUAUCCCAUCUCAAUUGUGAUGAAGCGUAUGGUGAAUAUAAACACAGCGCUGCGUUAUGCCAUCACCGAGGACGGACCGCUGACGUCGAGUGUUGGAUUGGAGGCUGUGGCUUUCAUCAACACCAAAUACGCGAAUGCAAGUGAUGAUUGGCCAGAUAUGAGUUUCAUGAUGACUUCAGCGUCGGUUAUGUCCGAUGGCGGCUCACAGGUGAAGACCGCACAUGGUCUAUCAGAUGAGUUUUACAAUGAAGUUUAUAGCGAAGUUAAUGAUCGUGAUGUCUUCGGCGUUUUUCCCAUGAUGCUGCGUCCGAAAAGCCGCGGCUUCAUUAAACUCGCAUCCAAAAACCCACUCCGCUAUCCACUACUGUACCACAACUACCUCACACAUCCGGACGAUGUGAAUGUGCUGCGUGAAGGUGUUAAAACCGCCGUCGCUAUGGGCGAAACGCAAGCGCUGAAACGUUUCGGCGCGCGUUUCUGGAGCAAACCUCUGCCCAAUUGCAAACAUUUGCCGCAAUUCACAGAUGAGUACUGGGAUUGCGCCAUACGUCAGUACACAAUGACCAUCUAUCACAUGUCGGGCACAGCGAAAAUGGGCCCGCCCAGCGAUCCAUGGGCGGUAGUCGACCCACAGCUGCGCGUGUACGGUGUACCUGGGCUGCGUGUAAUCGACGCCAGCAUUAUGCCAACCAUUACCAAUGGUAACAUCCAUGCGCCGGUGGUAAUGAUCGCCGAGAAGGGCGCAGAUAUGAUCAAGGAGUUGUGGCUGAGCAGUACACAGUGGCGACAUAAGCGACAAGGCCGCGAGCUGGAACCUAUUUGUAAUGCAACGGAAGCACCGACGAAUACGGAGUUGGAAAGCAAUGAUGUGGGCUCCUAGCGUAGGCGCACCAACGGAGAGAGGAGUCAGUUUGUAUGCUUAGUUCUGUAGUGUAAGAGAGCUUAGCUUUUAUCUAACUUUUAGUCAAUGCAGAAUUUCUUCUCUCUUUAAUUUUUAACAUCACAAAUACCUCUCAUCCUCUUAAGCUUGCUUGCAAUCGUUUCAAAUAAUUUAGUGAAUUUAUUUUGUAAAUAAAAUAAAAAAAUUUAUAAUUUUUCAUUAAAAAAAAUUAUUGUUUUAGCGAAACGGUUUAUAUGUAGAGUAGUUAAUUUAUAUUUUGUUAAAAUCUUUAAGUUAAACAAAGAUAAGUUUAAGGCAUUUUGCGCAUUGUACAUAUUGAGUCACAAGUUUUUUAAGCUUAAGGAGUUGUUUAUUUAAAAUAUUUAAAAUAAAGUUUAAAAACUAUAUGAAUUCUUAUUUGAUCGGGUGAAGAGGUGGUUCUCUUUUCGACGACACUGUUUGACUGAGAAUUGUAACUCUUCAUAGCAAAUGAUCGCAGGAACGUCCACAGAUAUACAA